GUCCAACUGCAAAAGCCCCAAAAAACUCUCAAUGAAAAGCACAUUACAGUACACUCAAAAAUGUUGUGCAACUGCAAAAUCAAAAUCACUGAGAGAUUAAUUCUGCCUCACCAUCACGUCUUUGUGCUUCCUGUAUAUUGAACAAUUGGUCUGAUCACAUCAUUAGAAACAAGUGUGAACAACUUUGAGUCAUUGUGUGUAAACGAUGACAACUGUGUUGUAGUUGUGUUUAACUUUGGCCGCCCGUGUUUACCGUUUUGCAACACAAGUGCAUCACAGUGCGAAAUGUGUUUUAGUGAGUGAUGUGUUUAGAGUUUUGCAAAAAGAGUGGAUAAAAUUCGCAAAUGGUGUCUAACUACCUGAACUUGUUUAAGGUUUUGCCAAAAGGGUGAUUGAUUCGACCAAUGGGUUUAGGCCACUGGGCAUUUGGUUAAGAGAAUGGGGUUUAGUGCUUUAGCAAUUCAGAAAAACUGUAAGUUAAUGCUCAGCUGGAAUGAUGUAUGUGGAUGGCUGCUGCUGUGCAUGCGCAUGAUUAUGCAAACAGCUGGAGCGAGCCACGCAGCUGCGUGCAUAAACAGGUAUUUGGUGUGACGUUAGCAAGGUAAAGCGGCGCGCGGCGGCUUCCACUCUGAUACGGACGCGCGAGAGCUCCUACUCCACAUCAUCAAAACGAGCCCCGGGUGCCUGCUGUUAGUAUGAUGCCUACGAGAGGUAAAAGUGAAGGGUGCCGCAUUUGUGGGAGAGACCUACAGGGUAACCAGCGGCGAUGGUUGUAUGCGGCUCAGAACCGGAAGGAUGCACAACCUCAGACGCCAACAGACUGGUCUAGCAAGGGAAGCCUGCCCAGAUCAGCACAGAGCAGCCCAUGGGGCAGUACAUUAUCUCUCAGCUCUUCUCAUUCCCUCUCCAAGUCUCUUGCUUUGCUCACCACUACAAAAGGAAUAGAUCUGCUCUGUGUGCUGACACACAUAUUAGAGCAGCCUGUACCACGUGGGGACGGUCAGGGGGAGUUUUUAUGUGGCAAGUGCGUGUCCGUUUUGGAGCGGGUUUUCAAGUUCGACACUGUCAUCGCCCGGGUCAGAGCUCUCUCGAGCGAGAGGCUUCAGAGGCUCACACAGGAAAGAGACAAGAUUAGGCGAAGGGUGCGAAGUUUGUACUAUCAACGCCAUCCUUCUUGUUCCAGGAGCAAAGGAAGCUCCAGCGAGGAUGAAGGUGACCCAGGAUGGCAGGACAGAAAGGAUUCGACAGGGGAAGCAUACAGGGAACUGCUGAGGGACAAUAUGGCUCUUUCUGAGUAUGAGUGGUGGUCCGAGAAAGCGGAUUCAUGUCCAUAUUAUAGGAGAACAGGAAAACGGUGCCAAAAAGGAAAGAAAUGUGAGGGUUGUGACUCUUUAAGGGUGUCCGAUUCGGACUAUGAGUCUGUGUGCGGCAUACCCCGUCAUCUGCCCGAACAAGCCUUCACCUCAUUGGGCCUCUCUCGGGACAAGUCCCGCAGCAUGCCUCUUCAUUGGUCAAGAGUGCCAUCUGUCAGCUCAAGCCCUGCCUCGCUAUCUGGUUCUUGUCACUCUUUACGAUCUCGAUCACGCACUGCCUCUGUCCAAUCAAUGGACUCUUUGGAUGGCAAUGAUCCCUUUGAUUGGCCAGAGGAGCAGGCGGUCAUCUUCAAGACCGUUUUUAAAGAGUUGAGAGGAAUUGAAGGAAAGCCGGUGAGGUCACCAGCUGGAAGUCGCAUUCCUGUGUUGGGCCGAGGGGGAGUGCAGAAUGGGAAGGAUGAAGUGGAGGCGAAAGUGGGGUUAGUUAGGGUACUGAAUUUCGGAGAGGGGGAUAACGGGACGGAGGAUGAGUUUGAUGAAGAGAGCGAUGACAUCCUGACUGAACUUAGAGAUGAGUUUCUGCCAUUGCAAAGAGAGGUGACUUCAGGUAGAGUGCACCCUGCAGUGAAGCAGUUGCGUGAACAGCUUGUUCAAGCUCAGGCUCGCAUCAGAACUCUUGAGGCACAGCUCAGGGAUGUCAACAAACCAGUAACGAAUGCUGCUGUCAAUCAGUCAAAGUCAUUUCCACAAAUGACCAGUCUGAAGAAUAAAAAUGACUUGAUUGAGAGUCUCAGCCAAUCGCUGCACAGCAGAGAGAGUGUAAUCCAGGAAUGUGUGACUUUGAUCCAGAAGCUGUGUGCUGAGCAGGGGGUGGAGUCAGAGGAGACUGACAAACUCAUCAGAAAACUGACCAAUGCUGUGGGUGAUAAACACAGUGAGCGUGAGAAUGUUCUGGAAGCCCAGUUGUCAGAGGUGAGGGAGAGAGAGAAAGCUCUGGAAAACCAGCUGCAGGCUCUCAGGGACGCUGGCAAAGAGAGAGACCGAGACUUCAUCACACUUAACACUGUGCUCCAGUGUAACCAGGAUGUUAUUAAUCACCUGCGUGUAGAGCUUGCAGAGCGAGAUCGAGCACAGCAGGAGAUGAUUAAAGAGUGGGAGGUUUGCAAAGAGCUAGAUUUUGCCCUGACUGCACUGGUGAAGGACAACGAAGCAUUUAUUUCCCAGCUAAAGGAGGCGCUAGAGAGUUCACGUCGAGAUGUGCAGGCGCUCUCAGACUCUCUGAUUGGUCGGGGAUUAGAAGGGGGCGGAGCUGAGGCUGGAUUGGUCAAUCAGUUGCGAGAGAAAGAAUCACUGUUGGCAGCGAGCAUCAAAGAUAGAGAGAAGCUUAGCACCACAAUGAAGAAGGAGAUUUCAAGACUCUCCAUAGCCUUAAAAGACUCUGAAACCCUCAUACAGGACCAAAGAGAAAAUCACAAACAAGCCAUCAGUGAAGUGUCACAGCAACUCAAAAACGCACUUGAGGAACUGAGAGAGAAAACCAAAGAGAAGAAGGAAGCUGAACUAGGUUUGAAAAAGGAAAAUAAGGAGAGAGCUUUCGAGGAAGGAAAACUGAGAGACAAUCUUCAAAAAAGGGACAAACUUAUAGAGCAAGUUCUUCUUGAUUUAGAAGAGCGUGAUGGUGUGCUAACAGAGCUUCAGCAAAACAUCUCUACCAGGCUUGGACCCAAGACCGCCCUCAAACACACACUGUGAGUGUAUAAAAGACACAGAUAAUAGGGAAUGAUCCUGUGAAUACACUGAAUUUGUUGAUUGACUGUUAAUCUUUGAUUUGCAUAAUUUAUUGAUAAAGGCACAAUCUUCAGCUCAAAUGUCAAAUGUCUUAUUUUUUCCUGCACUCAUUUCUUACAGAGAUGCGGAUUUCUGUACUUAACAUGUCUAUGUACAGCUUUUGAUUUUAGCUUUAGAUAAAAUGUAUAGCUUUUUUUGAAAUUCUGUCAUUUUGUGGGAAAUUAAGACAGGCCCAUGGUAUAUUUGAUUUGGCUCUGUACAUAUGUCAUAUAUGUUCAUUUUCAUUUUCUGUCAGUAGACUGCUCAAAACUGGACUGGAGGAGAUUGCUGGUAUAUUAUGAAAUGUUAUUUUAGUUCAUGAAUUUAUGACUACCAUUUACAGGUUGCUCCAGUAAUGUAGUUUGAAUGCAGCCAUAAACUGUUCUGAUUGCUUCCACAUGUUUUCAGAUUGUGGUUCCAAGAUUUACAUAGUUACACACCUGUGCCUUUUCUACACCAAUAAACGCAUUUCUGUAGCCCACAUUCCUAACUGCCUCAGAUGAAUUCAUAUUUAAAUUAUUAUAUUUAUGAUUUAUUGAUUUUGGCUGCUGAAAAUGUUCAUUGCUCCUUUUUUGUUAUUGCUUAAUUUGUCUUUUCCAUUAUUUUCCAUUAUGUUUGUAAUACAUUUAUAAAUGUUUUAUGUUGAUUUUGUGUCAGAGAUGCAUUCCAAGUCUUUUUUCUAGUGAAGGGGAAUCCUUUUCUCACAAAAAAUGGAUUUACUGAAGCUGAAAAUGACAUGAUUAUUCUGUGUUUUUAAUCUGCUUGUUUAUUAUUUUAUUUGGGUACGCUGGAAUUUUUUCCCACAGCCUGAUAAAUACCUCAUUACCAUUAAGGAAAUUAUCUAAUUAAAAUGAAGCAUCAGGUUUGUGCGGGUUAUGGUUCUUAAAGUUUUUCUUUUAUUUCUGAGAUAUUAAACUGUUUUUUUCUUAAGAACUCAGGGGUGUAUUUGACAAUUAAAACCUCAGAUGUAAAUGA